AUGGGGGCGAUUUGGCUUUCGGACGUGCUCAGGAUACGUACCCCGGGCUGCGGGAACCAGAGAAAGCUUCACCGGGCGUCGAAUCUAGAGCUGAGGCGCGGGUACGAAGCUCUUUUCGGCUGCCAGGAGAGGUACCAGAAGCCCUGCCUACGCGACAGCCACAGUCAAAGUCGCAGCAGAUGGGGGGUUUUUUGA